AUGCUGGUGAAGGCGGAGAGCCUGGCGCCGCCGGGAGAGGACGAGCUGCUGCUGCUGGGCCUGGCCUCGCCCGCCCCCUCGCCCUCGCUGCCGUCCAGCGCCGAGGAGGAGGAGGAGGAGGAGGAGGAGGAGGAGGAGGAGGAGGAGGAGCCGCGGGGCGCCUCGGCGGCGCGGCCCGCGGAGGCGGCGGGCGGGCGGGGGAAGCGGCGGGCGGGGCGGUCCCGCGGAGCGGCGCGACCGGCCCGAACGGCGGAGACGGCUCAGCGGCUGAAGCGGAGCCGGCGGCUGAAGGCCAACAACCGGGAGCGCAACCGGAUGCACAACCUGAACGCGGCGCUGGACGCCCUCCGCGACGUGCUGCCCACCUUCCCCGAGGACGCCAAACUCACCAAGAUCGAGACCCUCCGCUUCGCCCACAACUACAUCUGGGCGCUCACCGAGACCCUGCGGCUGGCCGGGGCGGCGCGGCUCGGCGCUGAGCCGGGGGCGGAGGGCGGGGGGGUCCCGGCUGAGGGCAGCCCCUCGCCCGCUUCCUCCUGGAGCGCCGGCUCCGCCAGCCCCGCGCCCUCCGCCUCCCCCUACGCCUGCACUUUAUCCCCCGCCAGCCCCGCCGGCUCCGCCUCGGACGCCGAGCACUGGCCGGGCCGAUUCGCCGCCGCCGCCGCCGCCGCCGCCGCCGCCGCCGCCCCCCCCCCCGCCGCCCCCCCCCCGCCGCUGCCUCUGACCCGGCGCGGCGGCACCUGCCCCCUUCCCCGGGGCGGGCGGCGGGAACGUCACCUGCCAAACCAAACUUUCGUUUUGGCCUUCUUGUUGUUUUUUUUUUUUAUUUUUAUUUUUAUUUUUAUUAUUAUUAUUAUUAUUAUUUUUAUUUUUUUCCUCUCGCUCUCUCCGAUGUGCACUUUGUCCAGUUCCCCAGAUCUGUCACCAGGGCGUGCGUGUGUGUGUGUGUGUGUGUCCCUCUUCUCCCCCCCUUUUGCCAUCUGUCCCUUCAGAUUUAUAAGCAGGGGGGUGGGGGGGGAUGAGGUUAUAGAGCACAUUAAUCCCGGACCUCCAGAAUCCAAGCCCCAGCUGAAGACAGAGUGCUUGCACUUGCGAAGGACUGACACCGCUGAGUUUGUGCCCGAGGCUGUGAAGAGUGAGACCGGAAAAUCUCCCCAAAGAAACGAUCCCAGCCUUUGA